AAGGAAACCUCUCUGGAGCCUGACCGACUCCAACCGCAACCAGCGCAUCAAAAGAGCGAAACAACAGGAAAGCUCUAAAGCUAGCUAAGCUGUUCCUGUUUGUUCCUGAUCAUCCCUCUAAACGCCGGCCACCCGUCCCUCCCCCCCACCACUCACCCAAUCCGCCUCUUCCCGCGUGCCUCCGCUCGUCCGUCCUCCCUCCCCCCCAUGGCGGCCACCCCGCCGUCGUCGCGGGACCCGUCGCCGCAGCGCCCGCGGCCGUCGUCCGCCGUGGGGCGCGGCAACGGCAAGCGCGGGGGGCUCCUGCUGGGGCGCUACGAGCUCGGCCGCGUCCUGGGCCACGGCACCUUCGCCAAGGUCUACCACGCCCGCCACGCCGACACCGGGGAGACCGUCGCCAUCAAGGUGCUCGACAAGGAGAAGGCGCUCCGCCACGGCCUCGUCCCGCAGAUCAAGCGCGAGAUCACCAUCCUCCGCCGCGUCCGCCACCCCAACAUCGUGCGCCUCUUCGAGGUCAUGGCAACAAAGUCCAAGAUCUACUUCGUCAUGGAGUUCGUCCGCGGCGGGGAGCUCUUCGCCCGCGUCGCCAAGGGCCGCCUCAAGGAGGACACCGCGCGCCGGUACUUCCAGCAGCUCAUCUCCGCCGUCGGCUUCUGCCACGCGCGCGGCGUCUUCCACCGCGACCUCAAGCCCGAGAACCUCCUCGUCGACGAGCGGGGCGACCUCAAGGUCUCCGACUUCGGCCUUUCCGCCGUCGCCGACCAGUUCCACCCCGACGGCCUCCUCCACACGUUCUGCGGCACGCCCUCCUAUGUCGCGCCGGAGGUGCUCGCGCGCCGCGGCUACGACGGCGCCAAGGCCGACAUAUGGUCAUGCGGUGUCAUCCUGUUCGUGCUCAUGGCCGGGUACCUCCCCUUCCAUGACCAGAACCUUAUGGCCAUGUACCGAAAGAUUUACAGAGGGGAAUUCCGGUGCCCGAGAUGGUUCUCCAAGGAUCUUACCAGUCUGUUGAAUCGUCUUCUUGACACCAACCCGGAGACAAGGAUCACCGUGGCCCAGGUCAUGGAGAGCAGGUGGUUUCAAAAGGGCUUUCGGCCUGUCAGGUUCUAUGUGGAAGAUGAUCAGCUGCACAGCGUGGUGGACGGUGACAAUGACGAGCUUGGGCUGGAACCUACUGAGCCUCCUCCUCCGCCGCCACUGCCACCGCCACCGCAACAAGAGGAGGAUGAGUCCGGGUGGGAGUCAGACUCGUCUGUGGCAUCCUGCCCUGCCACCCUAUCGUCAGAGGAGCGGCAGCGACCUGCUGGGCGACUCACACGCCCAGCAAGUCUUAAUGCAUUUGACAUCAUAUCCUUCUCGAAAGGAUUUGAUUUAUCAGGACUGUUUGAGGAGCGAGGGAACGAAAUGAGAUUCAUCUCAGCAGAGCCCAUGCAAACUAUCAUUUCAAAAUUGGAGGAGAUUGCGAAGGUGAAGAGCUUCUCCAUUAGGCGGAAGGACUGGCGUGUAAGCCUAGAAGGCACGAGGGAAGGGGAGAAGGGGCCAUUGACAAUUGGGGCUGAGAUAUUUGAGCUUACACCGAGCCUCUUGGUGGUGGAGGUGAAGAAGAAGGCAGGAGAUAAGGAAGAGUAUGAUGACUUUUGCAAUAGGGAGUUGAAACCUGGGAUGGAGGAUCUCGUGCACCACCAUACAGGCUCGGUUCCAAAUUUACCUCCUCAUACUGGGUAGUUUGGAAGAAAUGCUGAAUUUUCCUCCUAAUUGAGGCCAGCUGCACCCAAGAGGCCAAGAGGCCAGCCAUCUGAUUAGGUCCUUGCAGAACAAGGACUCAGGACUGCAUGGGCAAAUGCAUAAAAGAACAAAGCGUCUGUGCCACUACACCCUUGAAGUCACUGCUUUUGCUGAAUCCUGUUUGAUCUUAUUUUCUUGGGUUGUGUUUAAAAUUACCGGAGGCUCAUACUUGAUGUAAAUUCUUGUUCCGCUGUGUACAUACUGAGUUCUGUCAUUCUGAUAGUGAUUGCUGGAUGCAAAUUGAUUUGAAAUGUUCGACAGACUCUGAAGUUUUAUCUAAAUGCGAGGAGCUGAUAUGACUAGAAGACAGUUUACUUGGUCUUCAUACAUCAACUGGAUUGACAUUUUGUUAUUGCUUGCAGGCCGAGCGGUUUCAAGACCCCGGGAAGUUCUCCGGAGCUAGUGCGGGAGAUAUCCCAAGAAUGAAUUUGAUACUAGUCUAGAAUGGUACUACCCGUCAAUGCCGCCGGUAGGAGGAACUUUGACUGGAACACAAGACAGUCAGUUCUGAACGCCGUUGAACAGUUCUUUUCUUUGCCCUUUUAAGUUUGAGGAGUCCAUAAAAAUGUUUUCAAGCAAGAGGAUGAUUUGAUCCGACCAGGAGAAAACUUGUGAGAUUCUUACAGUUGUUGGUCGAGCUGAAAAUUAACGGGUUACUGCUAGUUC